CCUCCCCCCUUUCUCUUGGCCCUGAAGCGCGGGGAGGCUGAGGCGGCGCGUUCUGGAAGCUUCGCGGCGGGGAUCGUUAGUGCGGGGGGGCCAGGCCGAUCCGUCUCCAUCCGGAGCUUAGAAGCAGCGGGGCGCGGAGGAGUCGCCAUGCCGGAGAACGCGGGGUCCAGAGCUUUCACGGGCGGCAAUGGGGGCCGCAAAAGAAGCGCCUAUCAGGACCGGGACAAGCCCGCCCAGAUCCGCUUCAGCAACAUCUCCGCAGGCAAAGCGGUUGCUGAUGCUAUUAGAACAAGCCUUGGACCAAAAGGAAUGGAUAAAAUGAUUCAAGAUGGUAAAGGAGAUGUGACAAUUACAAAUGACGGUGCAACUAUUCUGAAACAAAUGCAGGUUCUACAUCCUGCAGCCAAAAUGUUGGUAGAGCUGUCCAAGGCACAAGAUAUUGAGGCUGGUGAUGGCACCACAUCUGUCGUUGUCAUUGCUGGUGCUCUCUUGGAUGCCUGUUCCAGACUUCUUCAGAAAGGAAUUCAUCCCACCAUCAUUUCGGAGUCAUUCCAGAAAGCUUUGGAUAAGAGUACUGAAGUCUUGACCGACAUGGGACAGCCAGUUGAACUAAGCGACAGAGAAACCUUGCUAAAUAGUGCAACUACUUCACUGAAUUCAAAGGUUGUAUCUCAGUACUCUAGUCUCCUUUCUCCAAUGAGUGUGGAUGCAGUGAUGAAGGUGAUUGAUCCAACUACAGCUAGCGGUGUAGAUCUGAGAGACAUUAAAAUUGUUAAAAAGCUUGGUGGAACAAUUGAUGAUUGUGAACUGGUUGAAGGACUAGUCCUCACUCAGAAGCUGGCGAAUACUGGUGUAACUAGAGUGGAAAAAGCCAAGAUUGGUCUCAUUCAGUUUUGCUUGUCUGCUCCAAAGACUGAUAUGGACAACCAGAUCGUUGUUUCUGACUAUGCUCAAAUGGACAGAGUAUUGCGUGAAGAGAGAGCCUACAUUCUAAACUUAGUUAAACAAAUUAAAAAGGCUGGAUGCAAUGUGCUGCUCAUUCAGAAGUCCAUUCUACGGGAUGCUCUUAGUGAUCUAGCACUACAUUUCUUGAACAAAAUGAAGAUCAUGGUGAUUAAAGAUAUUGAAAGAGAAGACAUUGAAUUUAUAUGUAAGACAAUUGGAACCAAGCCAGUUGCUCACAUUGAUCAAUUCAUUGCUGAUACGUUGGGAUCUGCUGAAUUGGCAGAGGAGGUCAACCUAAAUGGUUCUGGGAAGCUAAUAAAGAUUACAGGCUGUGCAAGCCCUGGAAAAACUGUUACAAUUGUGGUACGUGGAUCCAACAAACUAGUGAUGGAAGAAGCUGAGCGUUCAAUUCAUGAUGCUCUGUGUGUCAUACGUUGUUUAGUUAAAAAAAGAGCUCUAAUUGCGGGAGGUGGAGCACCAGAGAUCGAAUUAGCACUGCGCUUGAAUGAGUAUGCUCGCACUUUGAGUGGUAUGGACUCAUACUGUGUCCGUGCAUAUGGAGAUGCAAUGGAAGUCAUCCCAUCUACACUGGCUGAAAAUGCAGGCCUUAACCCUAUUUCUACUGUAACAGAGCUGAGAAACAGACAUGCACAAGGAGAGAAAACAGCAGGCAUUAAUAUCAGAAAGGGUGGAAUUUCCAAUAUUCUGGAGGAGUUGGUGGUCCAGCCUUUGUUGGUGUCUCUCAGUGCUCUGACACUAGCUACAGAAACUGUCCGCAGUAUUCUUAAGAUUGAUGAUGUGGUGAACACUCGAUAAGGUGACUAAAGGAAAUGGCAGUACCGGCGAGAGAACCACUGCAUAGUUUGGAGUAUGGUUUCUUCACAAAAUCCCUAUGUCACGAUUUCUGCUAAAACCCACUUAAGUUUAUGUACUUUUAUCAAUUUAAUUUAAUAAAAUCUCUGGUUUCAAGAGGCAAACUUUGUUUUUAAAUGGAAGUGCAGUAUUCUAUAACUGAAACUUUGCAUUAAAAACUCUCACCAGAGUAGUACUAAAAUAAAUUAAAAUUUUACCACUUUUGCUCUGUAUUAUCAUGCACAUUCAUUCACACUAAUCCUGUUUUGAUAAGUAAGAAAUCUUCAGUGCAAGUUGUUAGCUUCUGUAAUAUCUAGUUUGAAAUAAUUCUUACUAUGGAAUCUUAGCAGUAACUGCACUACCUCAGAUCUGUUUUCUCCAAAAGUUGUCCAAAAUAGAGUAAUAUUUCCUAUCCAAAAAGCCCGACUAACCUCCAUCCUCUCUUACCCAGGCAGUUGCUACAGCCACUAGGGUGUAUGGCAAGUAUAGGAUUGUACUGUGCCCUAUAAUUUCAAAUGUACAUUUCUUUCUGCAAAUGUCUCUUCAUCCAUUAAUGCCUAUAUCCAAGUGUAUUUCCUCUCAGUCCACAGCCCUUCAAUAAACUUCAUUGUAGUUCAGCUA